AUGAAAUCUUUUGCAGAUGAUCAAGUUCUUAUUGAAAAAUAUUUAUUAACACCACGUCAUAUUGAGGUGCAAGUAUUUGCAGACACUAGUGGAAAUGUGGUCCAUUUGUUUGAAAGAGAUUGUUCGGUGCAAAGAAGACAUCAAAAAAUUUUGGAGGAGGCUCCAUCACCUGGUUUAAGUUGGGAAAUUAGAAAUGAAUUAGGUGCAAAGGCAAUAGCAGCAGCUAAAGCUGUUAAUUAUGUUGGUGCAGGCACUGUUGAAUUUAUAAUGGAUAAUGUAGACAAAAAAUUUUAUUUUAUGGAAAUGAAUACAAGAUUACAAGUUGAACACCCAGUAACAGAAAUGAUCACCUUAACAGAUUUAGUUCAAUGGCAAUUAGAGGUUGCAUCUGGUAAUCCUUUACCUGUUAAACAAGAAGAAUUAAAUAUUGAUGGACAUUCUUUUGAAGCCCGUAUAUAUGCAGAAAACCCAUCAAAUAAUUUUCUUCCUGAUCCUGGCCCAUUACUUUAUCUCAAAACUCCUAAUCCAUCAUCAAACAUACGAGUAGAAACUGGAUUUGUACAAGGAGAUGAAAUUAGUGUAUAUUACGAUCCUAUGAUUGCAAAAUUAGUCGUAAAAGGUCAUGAUAGAACAGAUGCUUUAAGAAUUUUAAGAAAAGCUUUAGAUGAAUAUCAAGUUGUAGGAUUAAAUACUAAUAUUGAGUUUUUAAAAAGAGUUGUUUCGCAUGAAGCUUUUAUUAAUGGUGAAGUUGAGACAGGAUUUAUUUCUGAACAUGAAACAGAAUUAUUUGAAAAUAGAUUAGAAAUUCCAAGUAAUUAUGAUAUAAUUCAAGCAAGUUCAUUAAUAAUUUUCAAUGGAUUAGAAGAAUUAAAGAAUUAUAAUACAUUGAAUCUCCAAGAUCCAUUCUCGCCUUGGAAUUCACUAAUCGCAAAAAGGUUAAACAUAAUACAUAAUCAUACUAUAAAGUUUCUAAAUCCAAAUGAUAAUAAUAAAGAAAUACAAGUUAUAGUUGGAUAUAAUCAAGAUAAUACAUUUGAUUUUACAAUAAUUAAAGAUGGUGUUGAUGACAAACCAUUAAUAAAAUUUAAAAAUGUAAUUAUAAAAUGGGAUCAGAAUGAACAAUUAAUAAUAACUGAUAUUGAAGAUCGUAGAUAUAUAAGCCGUGUAAUCUCAGAGAAGAAAAAUGGAAAUAUUACUGUAUUUGGGGAGCAUGGUAAAGUUGUAUUAAAAGUACCAGAACCUAAUUAUCUUAAAGUAGAAAGUGAAAAAAAUGAAGGAUCAGUGAUUACACCAAUGCCAAGUAAAAUAUCGCAGAUAUUUGUAAAACCAGGACAAACAGUUGAAAAAGGAGCUCCUUUAAUUGUAUUAGAAGCUAUGAAAAUGGAGCAUAUAAUCAAGUCACCAUAUUCGGGUAUAAUUGAAGAAAUUUUAUAUAAUGUUGGAGAUUUAAAAGAAUCAUUUUCAAAUUGA